CUCCGGGAACCCCAGCACGCGCUUGCUGGCUAAGUCGAGUCCACGCCUGUGUCUCCUCCCAGGAGGCCGGUUUCCUCGGACACCAAAUGCUCCCCGACCAGCAACCUGCCCACCUUCCCGGCGGCCCGCCUCCCCCAGGCAGAGUCUUGGUUGACCUCCUCUGGGGAGAAGAAACUGACUAAAUGAAUAACAUGAAGUCCAAUAGAAUCCCACUUUUUAUUAUUUCAAUUCAGGAGAGUAAAAGUAAACCAUUGCUAUCUUUCCCUGGUGAUUUCUUGAGUUUUACUACUUGAAACACCCAGCUUUUCUAAUACUCAUGAUGUCUGUAGGGAAAUCCUCAAAAAAAAGACCUCGUAGAAGUUUAUCAAGCAGCAAAACUAAAAAAAAUGAAUCUAACUCUAUUAUUGCGUUUUUUAACAACGUACCGCCUGUUAAACUUGCCUGCCCCAUUUGUAGUAAAAUGGUGCCAAGAUACGACCUAAACCGUCACCUUGAUGAAAUGUGUGCUAACAACGGUAACAUCACUCCAGCUGACCCUGGGCAAGUUGGCUUAAGUUCAAAUGUGUCCACAGUAGAUUUGACCAAUAUUGCCUUAGAAGAUGUAACGCCAGAGAAGUCGUCACCAUCAAAGAUCAAUUUAACCCCUGGCCAAAGUGAUUCAGCAAAAAUGGGCAUAGAACAGCAGACCAGCCCCUAUUUUAAGAGUAAUAAUGACGCAGUGUGCAGAAAUCAAGAUGGGCUGAGACAUCAUAACAUGAAAGUCAUCCCUCUGGGAAGCCUGUCAUCUAAAUUGUCCAGAAGAUACAUAAAGGCUAAAAGAUCAAUAGAUAAGAAUGAGAGAUUCGCCAAUCAGAGUCCGCAGAGUUCCUCGUCCACAGGGGUUAGGAGCCUCGUUGAUCAGUGUUCAGAGAUGGAAGGCCAGGAUCAGCUUUUGGAGAAUAGUUCUCAAAAGGAAAACAUGUUUGCCUGUAAUUCUCUGGAGGACACAAGCACUCCCGAACAUAUUGUGGGAGGCUCUAAAAUAAUGGAAGCUGAAGGCGAAACGGCUGCCCAGGAAUGUGGGAGAUCAACUCUCACCCCCACCUUCUCAGAUAAUGCUCCCGUGUUACUUUCACCAGAUUUAACUCUUGGGCAUAAAUUAAAGUCUGCUUCAGAGGACCAUCUUGCGAAGCAGGAGAGUAUCAAAGGAACAGGUGAUAAAGGUGUUGAAAACUGUGAAGCAGGUGGUUGUGAAGAGGUAAAAAUGACUUUUGUUUCACAAGCUCCAACCCAGUCAUCACAUUGGGAGGCAAAAUCUCAUAAUUCUACACAUGAUGCUUCUAUAUGGAGUGACAGCCAAGCACUUCCUCCAGAAGGUGACAGUGGCUUAAAGAAUGAAAUCACUGACCGAAUUCCUUUGGAGCAGGAGUCAAGCUGUGAUGUUUCCCAUGUAACAAGUCCAGCGCCACCGGACCAUCCUUACUACCUUCGGAGCUUCCUCGUGGUGCUGAAAGCUGUGUUUGAGAAUGAAGAAGACAGGAUGCUCUUUGAUGAACACGAGAAGGGCAUUAUAACUAAAUUUCAUCAAUUAUCAGCUAGCGGUCAGAAGUUAUAUGUCAGACUUUUUCAACGUAAAUUCGGCUGGAUUAAGAUGAACAAACUGGAAUAUGAAGAGAUCUCCGCUGACUUAACCCCGGUGGUUAGGGAGUUGACGCAUGCAGGCUUCCUGCAGACGGAAUCUGAGUUGCAAGAACUGUCUGAGGUGCUUGAGCUCCUUUCUGCUCCGGAACUGAAAGCCCUGGCAAAGACCUUCCACUUGGCGAAUCCCAAUGGGCAGAAGCAGCAGCUGGUGGAUGCGUUUCUCAAAUUGGCCAAACAGCCUUCAGUCUGUACUUGGCGCAAGAAUCAGCCUGGCAUUGGUGCAGUGAUUUUGAAAAGAGCUAAAGACUGGGCGGGACAGUCUCUGAGAGUGUGUAGAGACCCCCGGGCAGUGUUCUCCCGGGUCCUGCUGCUGUUUUCACUGACCCACGAGGUGGAAGAGGAGGAGGCGGCCUGUGGUGGGCAGGGCCAGCUUUCUACCGUGCUGCUGGUCAACCUUGGCCGCAUGGAGUUUCCUAGGUAUACCGUCAGUCGGAAAACCCAGAUCUUCCAGGAUAGAGAGGAUCUCAUCAGGUACGCAGCAGCCGCGCACAUGCUGAAUGACAUCUCCACUGCGAUGGCCAGCGGGGCCUGGGAGGAAGCCAGGGAGCUCGCUCGGUGUGCAAAGCAGGAUUGGGACGGACUGAAAGACCACCCGUCCCUGAGAUACCACGAGAAAUUACCACUCUUUCUCCGGUGUUUUACCGUUGGUUGGGUUUAUACAAGGAUUUUGUCCCGAACCGUUGAAAUACUGCAGAGACUUCACAUGUACAAGGAAGCCGUCAAGGAACUUGAAAACCUUUUGUCCCAGAAAGUGUACUGUCCUGACAGCAGAGGCCGGUGGUGGGACCGGCUGGCUCUCAACUUGCACCAGCACCUGAAGCGCCUGGAGCCGGCCAUCAAGUGCAUCACAGCAGGGCUGGCGGAUCCGGACGUGCGGACAGGCCACCGCCUCUCGCUGUAUCAGAGGGCCGUGCGCCUGCGGGCCUCUCCCAGCUGCCAGAAGUACGCGCACCUCUUCCGUCAGCUCCCAGAAGUCACUGUGGACGACGUCAAACAUGUGACCGUCACGGGCCGGCUCUGCCCCCAGCCUGGGCUUGGCAAGUCUGUCUUCAUGCUGGAGGCCGGGGGGACCGCCCCUGCCACCAUCCUGUGCUCCGUGGAGGAGCUGGCGCUGGCCCAUUACAGACGCUGUGGCUUCGACCAGGAAACGUGCGCGAUCACCCGCCCCUCCAGCCGCGCCCACUCUGCUGUGUCUCCUGGGAGCUGAGGCCUCACAGUGAAAUGACGGACAUGACCUCGCAAGAGAGAAACACCACUGGUUCCCGCUGAACCGGCUGCUCUGUGUGUGUGUGUGUGUGUGUGUGUGUGUGUGCACGGGCGUGUACAGCUGCAGGGCAGGUGGUCUGCGGCCCCUCAGGAGUGAGUGAGACUUUGCUCUUUGAGCCGUUGAUGAGAUGCUCUCUGUGUCUCAGGCCAGAUGUGCAGAGGGACCAGGACCAGGUGCCCCUGGUUCUCUUCUUUCUGGGCUGCUUGGCAUCCUCUUUGUUCAGACUUUGUAGGUUUCACUCAGAAGCCGUUUUCUGAACCAUGUAGAGCCCAGGUGGGAAUUAAUUCUGCCUGGCUCCAGGAACUGGGAGCCAAGGACUCCCAUCAGCCAUCGCGGGGAGGGGAGGAGGGCUGGGGAGGGCACCCAGCAUCUCUGCUGCUCGGGGGUGAAGGUGCCAGAGGGAGAGACCCCGCGGCUGGCUGAUGCACUGGAACCUCAGGGAGGUGAUAAGCAUCCCUGGCCGGGGAGGGGAUGCGGCAGGCCAGCCAGGAUGGGCCCGGACCUGGAUCCUGUCCCUUGCUUCCUCCCAAGCCUGUGUGUCCUUUGUCCCCUCUGAGUGCUGGGAGCAGCCCCCAGCCCCUCUCCCAGCCCCCGGGCCAUCCUGGGGACGUCCCUGGCAUGCGGGUCUCAGCCAGGAGACGCCGAGGGCAAGGGGUCCACGUUUGGGAGUUGGGCCUGGCCAUUUGAGAAACACCUGAGUAAGACGUGGUGACUCGUGUGCGACAGCCUGUGUGCUGUCAGCAGCCCAGGCACCGGUGUCCAGACACAGUGGAGGGGUCGUGCCCAUCUGCCCACGCGUGCGGGGCCUGCGCCGGGUUCUGAGGGUUGUCACCUGUGGGCCUGCUCACCUGAGAGCAGCACCGAGCUGUGUUAAGAUCGUCUGCUUGUCCCUCCUGUCCACUGGAGGUGGCUCGGCUUGUGUGUGUCCCUGUCAGCCCUCUUCCCUUCUUUCUUCGAUUUUGGCCUCAGAGAAGGAGCUGCAAAUUCAGUGCUUUGUCUAAGGCCAGACUGAAGAUAAGACCAUGAGAAUUUGCCUUAUAAUUGGUAAAAGGAACCGGUCAGUCUCUGUCCUUAGUGAAUGUACUGAAUAGAAAAGUAAGAUAAAAACCGUGAGGGAACUGCAGAGGAAGCUGCAGCUGCCCGUCAGGACAACGACGACGGCUGGGCAGUUACCUUGGAGGGACUGGGGCGGGGGGGCUUUAGCCUUUUUAAAAAAAUAACUUGUUAUUAAUGUCAUGGAAGCUGCAGAACAUGCCUUUAUGGGAAAGCAGAGAGGUGUGUGGAGCUCCCCGCGCCCCCUGCUUCACCCAGCCCUCCUCCAUCCGCCGUCCCCCCUAAUGUUGGAAGCAGACCCCAGACCUUGGCUCCUGUGGUCACUCCCAGGGGGCCCACGGGUUCGGUCCACAUGUCCAGGCCAGACCCCCCAUGUCUGUGCUGAAGGGUCACUAGGUUGAAGAACACUCAGGUAUCUUCACGUAUGUGAAAAUCAGGACAUCAUUUCACUGGCGUGUGAUGUGAUCGUUCAGAUGAGUGAGGACACAAGCGACCCCGCAGGAGGGGACCUCGUAACACACGGCCUCUCUCUGCUGCGUGUCCAAGGUGAUGGUUAAGAUGAACCUGUGUGACGUCUGUAUCACUUACCGGGAAGGUGAUGCUACUGAGGACGGAGUGCACGCGCCAGUCAGGACAGAGAUGCGGGAGACCCGGAGGGUCAGGAAUAAAAGAACAGAAUGCAGGAUCGGUCCCCGCGGCGGUGGCGGGAGCCCUGUAACCCGGCGUCAAGGGAGGAGCAGCAGGCCCUGGGCAGGCGGCUGCCGGCUGUGAGCCGCACGCAGCGAAUAUGCUUUCAGUUUAGCCAUGAGCUUGAAAGACAGACGGACAGUUCCGAUUCUGGAAUGUCAAUUUUUUUAUAAAAUAUUUUUUUCCUUUAUUAAAAUUGAUGCAGUGAACCUGA